AUGAGUUCUGGUGUCAAAGUAGCGGUCAUUAUCAUUGCAGUUUAUGCUAUUUGUGGACUCAUUGCAUUUAUUAUUUUUUGUAUUGCUAUUUCAAAGCAUCCGGAUAGAGCAAUACGUUUUGGAUGUCUAUUUUAUUGUUGCUAUUCGCGAUUCCCUGGAUUUUUCAGUGCAGCAUUUGAUUAUUAUUAUAUUCAACAAGAUCACGAAGCUGAUUGUGCAUAUCCAUUAGCACAAUACAUUCUUAGCUGUUGGAUCUGUGAAUGUUGUGGUUGCUGUGACUUAAAAUGGCCUUUUUGCCCACAUGAAAGAGCAAUUUGUGAUGAUGUACUUAUUCAUUGUGAUUAUUGCUGUGGCUGCACUUGCAAAUGUAAGGAUGAUGAACACUGCUGCAAGGAAGUAUGUUGCUUCAGGAUUUCCCAUGAUGAACACACUCGGUGUCGUUGUCUUCAAUGCGAUGAGUUCUGCCCAUUAUGCACAGAAGGUGAAUAUUGUUUUGAGUGUUUCUGUGCAAUAUUCUUCUUUAUACCUUACAUUCUAUAUUCAUUGGCUGCAUAUCUUUUGUUCCCACUAACGCUAUUGUGUGUUUCAUGCGCUUCAGGCGGUAAUGCAAACAAGAGGGAGAAAUAUUUCGAAGAAAAUAAGGAUAAAAUAAUAGAGGAAAGUGAAAAACGAAAAGCAGAGUAUGCAAAAAUGACUCCUGAAGAAGCUGCCAAAGCAAGGAAGGAGAGAAGGAGUCAACACAAUCAACUAAUAAUGAAAAAACGACAGGAAAAAUAUGAAAAACAGCAGCGAAAGCUACAAGGUCAAACGCAACAGGCAGCCCCUCAAGAUUUUAAUCAAAAUCAGCAACAACCUGGACAGUACUAUAUUCCUCCACAACAAAAUGGUCAACAGCAGCCUGGUCAGCCUGCUCCUUAUGGAUAUUAUGCACCACCUCCUCAGCAACCUGGUCAGCCACCUCCUUAUGGAUAUUAUGUACCACCUCAACAACAACCUGGUCAGCAACCUGCUCCUAAUGCUUAUUACCAGCCUCCUCCACAGCAGGGAGCACCACCUGGUUAUGCAUAUUAUUAUCAAUAUCCACAGCAACCAGGACAACAGCCCCCACAACAAUAUUUGCAAGCGCCUCAGCAGCCUCCUCAGCCACCACAGCAACCUCCGGAAAAUAAAAAUCCGGAAUCAAAGUGA